CCAGAGCUUGGGGGUGGCAGGAAGAGGAAGCGAGUGGGGCUGGCUAAGGGGGGCUGCAUGUGCUGAGCGGAUGCGCUGCAGUGGUGCUGAGCCCUGCCUGGUGCUUGCCCUGCGGCUCCAGAGACCAGACUGGGUCAGCAGGUGUGGUGCAUUCGUGCAGGGAGAGCGAGAGCCCAGGCCCCUGGCUGGGGGAGGCCUCUCCUGGAGCAGACAAUGGCAGCUGCGCUGGAGCCCGUGGCAGCCGUGGACCUUCCCUUUGCAGCCAUGGUGAAGACUGAGGGGAAGCUGGAGGAGCAGGACCCAGGAACUCUCCAGGAAGGAGGUGUGGGGGCAGGACAAGUGCCUCUUGUUGUCCACGCUAGCACUGGUGGGGAGUCCCUGAGGUGGUCAGCAACACAGGCAGGAAAGCAGCAACUUCAGGAGGAGCCAGUCCAAGGCCGGGAGAUUCGGGGGCAGGAGGUGAAUCAGGCCAUGCAGCUCCCGCCUGAGCCUGAGGUUCCUUCGGAUGCCCCCCAGCAGGCACUGUCGGACGACCUCCCCACCCCAGAGACCUGGCGCCAGCGCUUCCGGGGCCUCCAGUACCGGGAAGCCGAGGGGCCGCGGGAGGUUUGCAGCAUCUUGCAAGAGCUCUGCUGGCGCUGGCUGGAGCCCCAGCACCGCAGCAAGGAGCAGAUCCUGGAGCUGGUGGUGCUGGAGCAGUUCCUGGCCAUCCUGCCCCGGGAGACACGGAGCUGGGAGUGGGGGCACGGCGUGGAGACCUGCGCUGAGGCCGUGGCCCUGGCCGAGGGGGUUCAGCUGGGGCAGGAGGAGGACGAGAAGCUUCACAUCACGAUGAGUGUUAAGGUUGAAGAGGUGUCCUUGGACAAGAUGCAGCCCACUGGGGCACUGCAGGAACAUGCUGAUACCUGGCUGGCGCAACCCAAGGCCUAUCAUCCGGACAGGCCUCUGGAGGAGGCAGGACAAAGGGAAGCCCCAGGGCCUCAGGACAAUCCAGCUCGAGUCCCCAAAGAGGAAUCCCCACCCCAGCAGGAGUCAGAUUCCCCCAAAACAGAGAAGACUUGGGAGUUGUCAGCAGACAAAAGCUCCUCAGGCUGGUGCCCCAGACGAGGCCCUUCCCCAGAAACAGGAGGUGCCUGGCUGCUGAGCGGAGCUGAGGAGCAGCUUCCUGCAGAAGGGCCUGCAGACCUGGAGCCAGCAUGGACUUCCCUAGGGAGUUUGGGCAAGAUGGACUCUCUGAGACCUGAGGAGGAGCCAUGGCACAAGAGUCAGGGGAGGCCCCAAAAGUGGAAGGAGAAUGUAGCAGUGAACCAGGAACAACAUAUCCACCUGGGGAGGAAGACACACCGCUGCACUGAGUGCAAGAAGAACUUCAUCUGCUGGCAAGACCUGUCCCAGCACCAGUGUGUGCAGAGGGGGGAGCAGCCACAUCGCUGCAUCAGGUGUGGGAAGAGCUUUAAGCAACGCUUCAACCUGGCCAGGCACUGGUGCACGCACACAAGAAAGAAGCCACAUAAGUGCUCAGAGUGUGGGAAGAGCUUCAACCUCUCCUCCAGCCUGACACAACACUGGCUCAUCCACAAAGAGGAGAAGCCAUAUCAGUGCUCAGAGUGUGGGAAGAGCUUCACUCACUCCUCCCACCUGGCUCAGCACCAACGUAUCCACACAGGGGAGAAGCCACAUCAGUGCUCAGAGUGCGGGAAGAGCUUCAAACUGUCCUCCAACCUGACCAGACAUCAGCUCAUCCACACCGGGGAGAAGCCACAUAGGUGCUCAGAGUGUGGGAAGAGCUUCACCUGUUCCUCCAACCUGUCCCAACACCGGCUCAUCCACAAAGAGGAGAAGCCAUAUCAGUGCUUGGAGUGUGGGAAGAGCUUCACUCACUCUUCGCAUCUGGUUCAACACCAGCGUAUCCACACAGAAGAGAAGCCAUAUCGAUGCUCAGACUGUGGGAAGAGCUUCAACCUGUCCUCCAACCUGACCAGACACCGGCUCAUCCACACAGGGGAGAAGCCAUAUCGGUGCUCAGAGUGUGGGAAGAGCUUCACCCAAUUCUCCCACCUGGUCCGGCACUGGCUCAUCCACACAGGGGAGAAGCCAUAUCAGUGCUCAGAGUGUGGGAAAAGCUUCAAUCAGUCAUCCCGCCUGGUUCGGCACCAACGUAUCCACACAGAAGAGAAGCCAUAUCGAUGCUCAGAGUGUGGGAAGAGCUUCAACCUGUCCUCCAACCUGGCCAAACACAGGCUUAUCCACACUGGACAGAUUCCACAUAAAUUCUUGGAGUCUGGGAAGAACUUUACCCAGUCCUCCCACCUGGCCCAGCAGAAGGUCAUUCACACAGAAGAAAAGCCACAUCAGUGUUCGGAGUGUGGAAAAAGCUUCACCCAGUCCUCCAGCCUGGCCCAGCACCAACUUAUCCACACAGGGGAGAAGCCAUUUCAGUGCUCAGAGUGUGGGAAGAGCUUCAAACUGGCUUCCCACCUGACUGAACAUCGACUCAUCCACACCGGGGAGAAGCCACAUCAGUGCUCAGAGUGUGGGAAGAGUUUCACCCGGUCCUCCCACCUGGCCCGGCACAAGGUCAUUCACACAGAAGAGAAGCCACAUCGGUGCUUGGAGUGUGGGAAGAGCUUUACCCAAUCCUCCAACCUGACACGGCACCAGCUUAUCCACAUAGGGGAAAAGCCACAUCAGUGUUCGGAGUGUGGGAAGAGCUUUAGCCAGUCCUCCAACCUGGCCCGGCAUCAGCUUGUCCAUACAGGGGACAAGCCAUUUCAGUGCUCAGAGUGUGGGAAGAGCUUUGCUCACUCCUCCACCCUGUCUCAGCACCAUCUCAGCCACACAGGGGAGAAGCCACAUCAGUGCCCAGAGUGUGGGAAGAGCUUCUCCCGAUCCUCCAACCUGGCUCAGCACCUACUCAUCCACAGAGAGAAGAAACCACACCAGUGCUUAGAGUGUGGGAAGGGCUUUCCCCACUUCUCCAAACUGGUUCAGCACCAGUGCGUUCACAUCCAGGAGCAUUCAUAAUGCUGCCAGCAAUGCAGGAAGGGCUUGGGGACAUUUCCCUGCUCUACACUCUCCAGUGUCUGCAUCCAGGCAAGCAGCCUCAUGCUGGUGAACUGCAGCCAGAGUUCACCCAUCGUUCAUCCAUUUUAGGGCACUGCAGAACCCAAAGGGCACAGAGGCUGACCCCCAGGGUUUAAUGAGGGGGUGGGGUUAAAAGGAAACACCUCAGGCCGAGGCCAGCCCAGCUGCUGGGGGAACCUGUGAGCAGAUGAUCUUUGCCUUGGGGCCUGUGUCAUCCCCAUCCUUCUUUUAAAGCAGUCAGUGCCCCCAGGGGGAGAAGAAGUGCCUUCACAAUAGGGUGCCCUCCCUGAGACAACUGGCUCCAAAUGACACCCAGGGACUCACUUUGGCUGACUCCCAGCUUUUUCUUCCCUCCUGCUCCCAGGGUUUUGGUACAUGAGUUUCAGGAAAUAUUUUUUUGCUGGAGAAGCAUUCCCUGCCCUACAUCCUGACCUUGCCUUUCCUCCCCACCACAUUACAUUUCUCCCAGGCCUGCACAUUUAGGUCUACAAGAAGCUGCUACUACCAGCCCACCACCCCGUGAGCCCAGUUUGGCAGGUUUUGCUCUCAGCCCCUUGUCACAACUCUGCACCACCAGGUGCCAGCUGUCUGCUGCCUUCCUUCCCUUCAUGCUGUUCUCUAUAACAUGUUCCUUGCUAAUUAAGCCCCACAACUUAACAUGGUAUCCCUGUGGUUGGAAUCUAUGUCAUCUCAAGAGCUGUGAAAUGGGAACAGACCAGGGCCCAGAAGCCUGUCCAGGGCAGAUCUUGCUGUGAUUUCCCAGUCCUUUCCCUUUCCAGAAGAUUCACUGCAAUCCUGGGGUUGUUUCAGACCCUCAGGAGCACACUUGAGGGCCAUACACCCAUCUCCUGCUGUGCAGCAAGGACCCUGCUUUUAAAUGAACCUCCGGUCAGGGGGAAGUAGAGUCUUUUUUCUGGGUUAGGGCUAAAUGAGAUAGUAGGGGUAAAGGAGGUGCAGCUUGUGACAUGUCCUGCCUCUUCUGUGGGUGGGGAAGUAGGAAGGCAUCGUGUGGGUGAAAUGCAGCAUGUUGUAAUCUCCCACUGGGAAUACUGAGGCUUCCCUCCUAGUGCCAAAGCCAUUUGGCUCCAUGAGUGCCUGUAGGGGCUACUCCAAGUGGUUAAUAAUAACCCAUCUUGGAGCACACUUAUUCAUCUCCAUAAUUGUCCUUUCUGCUGGUACCCCCCAGUGUAUAAAAAUGCUCCCUUCUUUUACCUGUAUUACAGUGUUUAAGAAAAUAACCUUGUGACUUCUGAAUGAACCUGUUUUUUUGGCAGGAGGGCUAGUUUGUCUUGUUGGAGGUGGCCACAGAAAGAAGGGAAGAAAUGGGAGGUUUUUUGACACAUUUUGAAUGUGCCCAUUAUUUGUUGAGUAUCUAGGGGGCAGCUGAGUUGGGGGCAAAGUGUGUAGGUGAGGGAGUGUGUGUCAAAGGAACAGAAAUCCUAACCACCCUUUUCCAUGAGUGGACCAUGGUUGCAGAUCAGAUCAGUUAAGGUCCCCUGAUGUCUCUUCACAAUGCCUGACUUCCAAGCCUUCCUCUUGAAUGCAGCUACGACUGUGUGUCUGUGACAGAGUCUUAUGGAGAAAAGAGUGGUGCUUUAGAAAAUAGAUGCACAAGCUUUUGUUGUCAGGGCCCUGAGCAGGGUUGAAUAGGAGCACAGGGAGGCACCUAAGUCCUCCAAGACCUCUGCUGCUUGCUUCUCUCCCACAGCAGCUCCAGAAAGUGACUGAGAACAUGGGAAAGUCCAGCUGGGACCCUGGUGAUGAAGUCAGGUCUCUACUACACCCAUGGCCACAGCCAUGCUACACUCCAGUCCCUAUUGGAUGAUGACAUUCCCACCAGGAGGGAUAAAGCCAGUAGAUCUUCCCUUUUGAUUUCUCUCCCUUUGGUUCAGAUUGCAGAGACCCAAAGCAGUACUGAGCAGGGUGAAGUUAGAGGUGGUGAUUUAGAGCCCAGCUGCACUUUGCACAUCUGGUAGCCUGUGUCAGGCUGAUUGGUAGAUCUCCUUAGCCCUCUCCCCACACUACUAAGUAAAGACUUACAGUUUUACUGGUCUGUGGAAACCCAGUGAGCCUUUGAAUGUCUGAAAUGGGCCCUGACCUCUGCUUCUAUGCUAGCACAUCCAGACCCCACCUUUCCAUUCAUAGUAGAAAUGGAUGUAUCCACCACUGUAACAGGUGUGGUGCUCUCCAUGGCAGGGUGCAGACCAAAUCCUGCAUCCCUGCAUCUUCUUUUCCUGCAAACUCACCUCAGGAGAAGAGAAAUCUUGAGAUCCUGACCUGUCAACCCAUGCACGUCAGAGUGACUUUUGGGAAAUGGCAAUACCUUGAAGAUCCAUGACACAAAGUACAGGUUCUUACAGAUGACAACAAUCCAGUUGCUGACUUGGAGCCUAGAAUUUGGUACAAGCAGCAAGAGGGAAUUCCCACUUGCGUAUAGAAAAGCAUACGGGUUAGAGUUGCAGGUCAACAGGCCACACGGAGAGGUAAAAGGUAAAGAAACAGCAUCGUCGUGGUAACACACUCAACACCUUAAUUCCCUGCCACCCCCUUACACCUCCAGAAGUGUUCCCCAAACAAGGUUUUAAUUGCAUUAGCAAUCAAACAGCUGCAGCUGCUCCCAGGUGUGAAUCCAGCUCCUUCAGUCCACAGUCCUGGCUGACUGAGCCAGUGGGAUCUCCAGCCUCCAGUUACUCUUCCUUUUUCCCUUGCCUCCAGCCCCAGGGUAUUCUGGAAGUUGCAGUCCAAACUCUCUGACCACAGCUCUGAAGACUGCCCCUGGUUCCUCAUGCGGUUACACAAAUUACAUUCACACGGCACUAGAAUAUGUGUGUGUGGCCAGAGCACUGAACAAGAGACAGCUUCACUGGGGUUGGCCCUUUCCAUGUCCCACUUCGAUUUUCAGGUCACAUAGAAAUGGGAAGGUGGAUACUCUUCCCAGAAAGUGGAAUAUGAUGCUAACCAGGCACAGAAACCAUUGAAGCCUAGCCCCUUUUGAAGCCACACAGCAUCCUUGCACCACUUGGCCAAUGGCUCUGCAGUCUCAGCCACCACCUGGGAAGAAGUUCCUCUUGAAGAGCAGGCUGCCUUCAUGUGCUGACUUCCUCAAGUCCAGGAUGGGGUGCUCUUCACUAAGGGUAAGAUUUACAUGCUCCUAGGCCCAGCCAGACCCAUGACCCUAUGUUUAUGCUAUGACCUCCUGUUAGCUGGCCACCCUGGAAUGGAGAAAACCCAUCAACUAACCAUCUGCUACUUUGGUGGCCACUCCUGGGCAAAGCCAUGCAAGUGUUGAUCUGCUCUUGUAACAUUUACACCUACAUAAUGAAGCCCACUCAAAAACCCUAGGAUCUCAUCCAGCACCUGUUCACUCCCUCUCAGCUGUGGUCCACUGUUUUGAAGGACUUUAUUAAGAUCUUCCAUGAUUGACUGUGUUCUCUAUGAUCUGGAUGGUGACAGACUGAGUAAGAUAGUGCACUGCAUCCCAUGUGUAAGUCUUCCCUCAGCCAAGGACACUGUUCAACUGUUGCUGGACCACGUAGUUCACAUCCAUAGCCUUUAAUGUAUUAGAAAUUUCACCUGUGGAUCCCUAUUUGGUUUCUGGUUUGGGCAGAAGGUCCUGCAAGUUUUGGGUUUGGGACUUAGCUUUAACCAGCACAUCACCCACACACAAUGAGCCAAACCAAGAGAACUGCCCCAGUGUAUACAUCCUUGAAAUGCUGAUCAAUAUAUACACUACUCACACAAAAGCAUUGCCUGAAGUAGGCCUGACUAGCAGAAGGGUCCAAUGUAUGAGCUUGUGAUAAAAGCCAAACUUAACAUGUCGGCCAGAUGAACACCCCUGCCCGGAGAUGGAAGGGGGAGAUGGCUGUGCAAGGCGGAGAACAGUUCAGUCUCAGGUUGGCACAGAACGCUCAGAUCGAGAUGUGAAGCAAGCCCAUAGCACAAGAUGGCUCAAGAUAUUCAAGAUAUUUGUGGAAUGUAAUAAGGAACUUGUUUGGAUCACUGUAUAAAAGGAAAAUUAGAAAGUAUGGGACAGUUGUAUUGGCCUAGGGGAGCCUACAUGGUGUUGUAGAGAUAGCUUGGCACUGGAAUACAUGCAAUAAUAUCUUGCCUGUCAGAUCACAGCUGUGUUUGGGACAUGGCUUGCAGACAAUAAACUUGCCUAAAACUUU